AUGCCACGUGAAAUACGUAACGACGCCAAAUAUGUGCUUCGUCGCUCGCCCAGAGCAGGCCUCUACUGGGGACACUUCCGCUCCCCGGGAGACGUGAGCGGAUUCCUAAUUGGCGCCCGGUAUACCGUGGCCUCCCCCGCCCCCCUGCCGUCGAAGUGGGCGAGUCCUCGACGUGCCCCGGAACGGCGCGCCGCAGGCCUACCG